AUGGUUGUCCUCGCCGCGUCGAUCUGCACCAAGGGCGGCAAAGCCGUCAUCUCGCGCCAGUUUCGCGAGAUGACUCGCACGCGCAUCGAAUCUUUACUUGCGUCGUUCCCCAAACUCAUCCCGACGAACACGCAACAUACUUCCGUCGAGACGCCGGACGUCCGCUAUGUCUACCAGCCGCUGGAGGAUCUGUAUAUCGUCCUGAUCACCAACAAAGCCUCGAAUAUCUUGCAAGAUAUAGAGACACUGCACUUGUUCGCCCGCGUCGUCUCUGAUAUGUGCCGAAGUGCCGACCAGCGCGAGAUUCUCAAGAUGUCCUUCGAGUUGCUUGGCGCGUUCGACGAGAUCGUCAGCUUGGGCUUCAGGGAGCCGGUCAACUUGAUGCAGGUGCAGAGCGUGCUUGCGAUGGAGUCGCACGAGGAGAAGAUCCAGGAGAUCAUCGCGCGCAACAAGGAGGCAGAAGCUAAGGAGGAGCUCAAGCGUCGCGCAAAGCAGCUCGAGAUGCAGCGCCGCGAGCAACAGAAGCGCGCACAGCAGGGCCUCGGUGGCGGCCAUUCAGGCGGUUUUGGCGGUGGUCCCACCGGAUACUCUCCAGUUUCGCGCUUCGAAGCACCUUCGCCCGUUCCCGCACGAAAUGCGUCGCCAGCACCGACCUCUGUUCGCACGCCCGCGUUCAAGGGUAGCGGCAUGAAGCUCGGUAGCAAAAAGACAAAGCAGGCCGAGUUACUGGACGCGUUGGGAAGCGAGCCUUUGCUUUCGGAAGAGAUGUCUGCACCUCCAACACCGGCGCCUGUCCAGACCACCACUCCCACGCUUGCUCAGAAGGAUGCUCGUGGAAACUUGCCACCUGUCACACCCGAAGCCGUCCACGUCCUUAUCAAAGAGACGCUCUCUCUCACCCUCGACCGCGAAGGUGGCGUCGAGUCUAUGGAACUCAAGGGCGACAUGAACCUCAACAUCACCGACUCGGCGUUCACUAAGGUCAAGCUCAGCCUAGCACCACCUUCCGUCGACUUUGGCUCCGAAUUACAGUACAAGCAACAUCCAAAUGUCGCGAAAUUUGCUGCGAACAAGGACAGAGUUGUUGCCCUCAAGGAUCCAUCGCGCGACUUCCCUCUUAACCAGUCUCUGGGUGUCCUCAAGUGGCGCUACGCUGGCAGGGAUGAGAGCUACGUUCCCUUGACUAUCAACUGCUGGCCGACUCCAUCAAAUGCUGGAACAUGUGAUGUCAAUAUCGAGUACGAGCUGGAGAACGAGGGCGUCAACCUCUAUGACGUGGUCAUCUCUAUCCCUCUCCCGGCCGGCUCCUACCCGACUGUCAACUCGCAUACAGGCGAGUGGCAACUCAACCCCUCAAGUCAUUCCCUGGACUGGCAAAUCGCGCUCAUCACGCCUGAAGACCGUUCUGGUACUCUUGAAUUUACGAUCGACGGCGACGAUGUGGGUAUGUUCUUCCCGGUGCGGGUCAGCUUCAUUGGUCAGGGCUCCAUCGCGGGUGUGCGCCUUGCUGGUAUCACACGCGUAGACUCAGGCGAGGACGUAGUGUACUCAGAGGAUGCCUCGGUGGUUGCUCAGAACUAUCUUGUCGUGUAA